GUCAUAUUGUCAUAGUUGUCUUACCACCAUGCAACCCAACAAGAGUACGGUGAAAAGUGUAAUUAAAUUAAAAUCAACACAAAUCUUCAUAGUGGCCGGUACGGUGCUGAUGACAAUGGCCAUAUCAUUGAUAUGCAUUGGUUUGACCGUGCGCUAUGAAGUCAUUACUGAUACUGUGGAUGCUGGAAGUAUUCCAUAUUGGUCAAUGGAUCUGCCACCGGAACAGGAAGAAUGGUUUCAAAGAGGCAUUGAAGAUUUGCGCUUAACCUCGAAGGGUACACAGUUUGAACAUGGAAAGGUGAAAAAUGUGUUGGUGUUUCUGGCAGAUGGUGUGACCACAGAUAUGUUGGCAGGAGCAAGAUUUGGAGAACAAGCAAAUGUAAAGGAUUUUAUAUGGGAUUCAUUUCCCCAUUUAGGAGUACUGAAAAGCAGCUGUGGUUUUAUGUAUGAUUGCGAUAUUUUCACCAUUGGAACCGCACUCUUCGGAGGUGUACAAACCCAGCCAGGUCUGGGAGGCCUUGACAAGCGUGUUCAAUGGCAAAACUGCAGUCAAGCCAAUGAGAAAAAAUACCAAGUCCGUAGUAUUCUGGAACAGGCCCAAAACGCCAAUCUGCGCACUGGAUUUGUAACCACAAAAAGAGUAACCAGUGCCCCCCUAUCCGCCUUAUAUGCCCAUACCUCGGACACCAAAUGGGAAUGCGAUGCUAGUAUGCCCAAAGAGAAACUUCUUAACAAUGAAUGUCAGGAUGUAGCCACACAAUUAAUGACUGGCCAGACAGGACAACAACUAAAUGUCAUAAUGGGUGGAGGAGCACAAACUUUAGUCUCACGUCCACCCAAUGACACUGAUGUAGAUGCGUCAGCAUGUGAUUCUAAGGAUAAACGAAAUCUUUUGCAGGAUUGGAAAUCUCUAAAAAUAGAAACUGGUGCAAAUUUUAAAAUGCUUGAGACGAGUAAAGAUUUAAAGAGAUUCAAUGGCGCUACUCGGGAUUUUGUGACGGGAAUUUUUGCCAAUGGCAAUUUGGUACAUCGUGAACCUGGUCUCAAGAAAUUAGUUUCCAAGUCAAUAGAGGUUUUAACCCGACCUGAUGUGGGUUAUGUUUUGGUGGCUGAGACAAAAGCUGAAGGUUCAGGCAUCAGAGCUUUUCAGGAUACUUUAAUGGAACUCAAUGAAACUAUUGCAGAGACAAUUGGAGAUGAAAGUUUUUCCACCGAAGACACAUUGGUAUUGGUUGCAUUCAUGGAUUUUACACAAUCAUCUAAAGACCCCGUAGUCCCUGCCGAUAUUCUGCUAUUUGCCAAGGGACCCAAUUCGCAUUUGUUCCAUAGCAUACACGAGAUGACCUAUUUGGCUCAUGUAGUUUCUUAUUCCUUAAAAAUGGGACCAUUUCGGGUGGCAAACAAACUCCAGAAAAGAACACACAGCAACGACUAAAGAUGUAAUAACAGUUUGUGUUGAUUUUAUUCGAUUGUAAAUUUUUCAAAUAUUUGGCUAACAAUAAUUAUUUUAAAUAAAGUGACCUUAACUACACACAUUCGUACAGACAGAA